AUGUCUAAGUACAAUCAUUUCGUGCACGAGCCAUUCGAUGUUACAGACGGAUCAGAGGUCUACACAAAGGAACAGUUGCUCGAAAAACUCCGGGAAGUCUGCCCUGACGAGCUAGCCAGCUUUCCAGCUCCCGAUGCGUUCGAGAUCAGAGAGCACCAUCGCGGCAAAUACGCCGUUAAGGUCGGCUACGCACUAACAAAGAAGUCCAGAAAGGUUGGCGACAUGCUGUGGGUAGACGAGCGGAAGCGAAAGGAUGUUCCGGACUAUUCCGAGUUCACCUGGACGCAACAGGCCUACUAUAGAACGGAACGAGCAUUCAAGAUCCGAAGAAGGGAAGUUGGACUCUACUACACCACGAGCAAUGACUCUGCCCGCAACCGAUAUGUCAGGAAUGCAAAAGUUAUCAAGGGCGACAACGUUUUCGGAAAGCUCAGCGAGAGCGGUAUCAUCACUCCUUUUUCUCUCAUGAUCAAAGCACUCUUGCGGUUCAUUCUUCUGUACUGCGACCGUACGACAGAGUACAGGACGUUCGAAAACGACAAUGUCAAGAGUAAAGCAGGACUUGCACCACUUGUCCGAGCUCUGAAAGCGAUUGCCAGGAACACAUCGGACGAUGAAGAUGGCGAUGCGUCGACCACGGAAGACGUUGACGGUGCAACAGAUGCCUCUGACCACGAGGGCGACUUGUUCGUGACAGAUGAUAACGACGAAGCUUCAGCCAGGCGCAAGGACACCAUGGACGCAGAAGUCGACAAGGGCGCACCGGCGAAGAAGAUCCGCGCAUGCUAG